AUGUCUCAAAUGGACUUGCCAGAAAAGCCAGAGAGGCCCCUUCCUUCAGAUUGUUGUAAUAGUGGGUGCACUCCAUGUAUACUUGAUGUUUAUGAAGAUCUUGUGAAGCAGUGGCAAGAAAAGUGUGAGCUCAUAAAAUCUGGUGUGUCUGUCUCUGAAGAGGAAACUUUAGAGCAUCCUCCAAUUUUAUCACAGACAAGAUAUGCAACAUUUAAAGUUGUCUCAAUAAAACCUGUGACAGAUGACACACAUUUAUAUUCUUUACAAGCUGUAGAAAAAGUAGCUUCAGAAACUAUUUAUAAAGACCUGAAGUUUAAAUUGGACUUCCAGCCCUCUCAAUAUUUUGUGUUGCAAGCCAGGGAUGGUGAAAAGCAUUUUACCAGGGCUUAUACUCCAAUAUCUGAUUGUAAACUUUCCCUUAAAGGAUGCUUUGAUGUAGUAAUUAAGAUUUAUCCUGAUGGCAAAAUGUCAAAGUACUUAAAAAAUUUAUUACUUGGUGACAUUACUUAUUGGCGUGGGCCUUAUGGUGGAUUUAGUUAUAAACCAAAUACUUUUAACAAGCUGCUCAUGCUGUGUGCUGGUACUGGUAUAGCGCCUUUGUAUUCACUUGCUCAGAGUAUUGUAAGCAAUGAAAUAGAUGAGACAAUCAUUAGGAUGUUAUACUGCUGUAAAGAUGUCAGUUCCAUAAUUUUGAGAAAUGAAAUUCAUUCUCUUUGUUCAUUUUGGAAUUUUAGUGCAGAUAUUUAUGUACCUUACAGUAAAGCAUCAGAAUUUAAAUCAUUAUAUGGAGAGACUUUAAAGACUGUACGUUUAAGCCAGAAUGAAAUUGCGGUGGAGUUAAAUCAGAAGACUCUUCGGGAGACAAUGAUUUUUAUUUGUGGAAAUACCCAGUUCUGUCAAGACAUGGAUAUGUUUGUCAAAAACUGUAAUGCAGACCCCAAGCAAAUUCACAUAUUUUAAACAGUAAAUAUGAUUUUUCAUGUAGCCAUUAAAACGUAUGAUCUGUAAA